AUGAACACCGUGGUGGCUUCCAAACUCCAUCCCAACAAACAAUCAAGCUCUUACCUCGAAAAGAUGCCCCUUUUUUGUUACCGUCAAGACGCUCUAGAGGAGUUUGUCGAAUCAGAAGACAGAGAACUGCUCUCCUCUGCUUUAAGCUUACUUCCGAGCGCUGGAUGUUGUUCGGACACCGAGGACGAUGGACCCGGUAAAGUUCGCGCGGUAGGAAUGGUUUGGAGAAGUCGGGAAUUCUCCGAGCUUAUGAAUCUGCUUGAUGAGAUUUCCUUCGGACAACAGAGGGCCUUGCACGGGUCAAGAUGGGCGGCUGGCCGGCUGGACAUGAGAAGAUCCCCAGCAAUUCGGAUCUCAUCUCACGGUCAAGCUCCCCGGAAUUUACCAUCAAAUUGUUACUGUUCCGUUUGGAGGGAUACAUUGGGAGAAAGUCAUAAAAAGCUCCUGACUCAAAAGCCUCCCAGUACAACUCUUCCAUUGCUGAUAGCAAAACUACGUGCAUCACUUGUUUGA